AUGGCUAUCGCCGUCGCCGACUCCUCCACCAGCCCGACGAGGCCCGGGGGCUCUCUGCUGGCCGAUCUGGACGCCCACAAUAAUACAAAACCCAGACAGAGCAUGUGGCAGCGUCUAGGAUUGCGUAGAUGGCUCAGCAGCGCUGGCAGUUCGCACGCCUCGGGUUCUUCGACGGGAACCACCACUCCCGGCCAUGAGUCGAACAACAACAACAACAACAACAACAACAACAACAAUAACAAACUCUCCAGCCAUCUUCUCGCUCGCCGGCUCACUCGACGUGUUGGCCGGUCGAGACGUCGGGAUCCCUUGGCCCCAGCGGCCGAGGAACCUCGUCGCGCGGUCUCGGCGGACCGUCGCUCGCUGACAAUCCAGCGCACGCUUUCCCCCCAGCCGUCGGUGAGUCCACGGCUGUCGGCGCCUGAGGUUCACUGGCGAGCCGACGACAACGACGACGAGCUGGUCAAGAGGGGGCUGGAAAGCGAGCCGUCAUCACUACUGCUGCUACCACCGCAGUCUCCGCUACCCCUAGAGGUGGUACCGCCAGAGGGAGCCGUCCUCGACCCGAUGGAGACCGAGUUGGACAAGCGGUGGAUCCUCAACCUGAGCAUGCACUUCCGCGACCGGUCGGAACGUGAGAAGUUCUUCAUCACCUACGCCGAGACGGCGACUCGCUGGCGGCGCGUCACCAUCUCGUGCGACUACCGCGACGCUCCGCCGGACUCGCUCGAGCAGGACCUGCGCGAGUUGCGGUACCAGCGCGACAAGAGCGCUCGCAUCUACGAGGCCAUCCGGGACUCGCUGCCGGAGAUCCAGUUCUACGACACCGUCACCAACCUCAAGCUGGAGACCAGCGACGGCCGCCUGCACGUCCACGUCACCGAGGACGUCAACGAGAUCAUCCCCUACCCGCCCGUCUCCUGCGUCGGCCACCUGUACGACGCCCGCCUCGUGCCGGAGCACCGCCUGCACUUUGACGCCCACCUGUCCGGCUUUGUCUACCGCGUGCGCCUCGACGGCCGCAGCUACAUCAAGAAGGAGAUCCCCGGCCCAGACACCGUCGACGAGUUCCUCUACGAGAUCAACGCCCUGCACGCCCUGCACGGCUCCACCAACGUCAUCCGCUUCGAGGGCAUCGUCGUCGACGACCGCCGCGAGCUCGUCAAGGGCCUGCUCAUCAGCUACGCCGAACAGGGCGCCCUGGUCGACAUCCUGUACGAGCGUCGCGGCACCCUCGACUGGGCCCGCCGCGAGCGCUGGGCCCGCCAGAUCGUCCAGGGUCUCUGCGAGAUCCACGAGGCCGGCUACGUCCAGGGCGACUUCACCCUCUCCAACAUCGUCGUCGACCGCCACGACCACGCCAAGAUCAUCGACAUCAACCGCCGCGGCUGCCCCGUCGGCUGGGAGCCCCCCGAGAUCGCCGCCAAGAUCGAGAGCAACCAACGCAUCUCCAUGUACAUCGGCGUCAAGACCGACCUCUUCCAGCUCGGCAUGACCCUCUGGGCCCUCGCCAUGCAGGAGGACGAGCCCGAACGCCAGGCCCGCCCCCUCCUCUUCCCCGAC